CACCCCCACAUUUGCAUCACGUUCAGCAUUUAGCAAGAGAUUUAGAGUUGUGAUACAGUUUGCAAAACAAGAGAAGAAAUGGCCUUGGCUAUGGUGGGAGAGGCACUUAUCUCUGCUUCUGUAGAGAUCUUGUUAGAUAGAAUAACUUCUACAGAGUUUCGAGAUUUCUUUGCCAACAGGAGGCUCAAUGUUUCUCUGUUAGAUGAGCUGAGGAUUAAGCUGCUGGCACUUAAUGCUGUGCUCAAUGAUGCUGAGGAGAAGCAGAUCACUGAUCUUAAUGUGAAGGCAUGGCUUGAUGAGUUGAAAGAUGCUGUCUUGGAUGCAGAAGAUUUGUUGGAUGAAAUCAACACUGAAUCUUUGAGAUGCAAGGUGGAGGGAGAAUCUAAAAGCUUUACUACCCAGAUUCGUUGGUUGAACCUGUUGUGAUUGCUAGAGAGGAUGACAAAGACAAGUUACUG